AUGAUCCAGAAUCAAUCUGACGUGACUAUUUCGACGUCCCCAUCUGUUUCUGGACAAUAUUUUCGCGUAGACUUUCGACUGCCUCUAACAGGCCGCGAUCCUGGGGUUUCCGAUGUCGGUUCGUCUGCCACACGCCUCCCGACACUCUUCCUUUCCUUUUGCCGCAUCCUCAUCGUUGUUCAAUGA